AUGUACCAGGACUAUGACAAACUCUGCGAGAGGCUGAAGGAGAUAAGCACCUUGAGCGGCAUCAGCGGGUUGCUUGGGUGGGACGAGAUGGUGAUGAUGCCAAAUGGGGCAGCAGCAUGCAGGGCGGCGCAGAAGGCAGCCAUGGCUGGCAUUCUCUAUGACAAGCAGACCAACCCAGAGCUGGGUGAAGUGCUGCAGAAGCUGCAAGGGGCAGAGUCCUCCAGUGACUUUGAUCCCUUCCAGCGUGCUGUCAUCCGUGAGGCCCGCAGGGACUGGGUACGGACUGUGAAGAUCCCCAAGCGCAUUGCCAAGCGGAGGGCAGAGCUCGAGUCAGAGGGCUACCAGGCGUGGGUGACAGCGCGGGCCGAGAAAGAUUUCUCAAAAUUCGCGCCAAUUCUGGAGGAGUGGGUGGCGCUGGUGCGCGAGUCCAGCCAGUUGGUUGACCCCAGCCGCCCGGCAUAUGACGUGGCGCUGGAGGAAUUCGAAAAGGGGAUGACGUCAGCGCGGCUUGAUGAAGUAUUUACCCAGGUGCGCGAUGGGCUGCGGCCGCUGCUGGCAGCCAUCAGGGAGAAGGGAACACCCCCGGACACAUCGGUGCUGGAGGGAACGUUCGACACGGACGCGCAGGCCAGCCUGUGCAAUUCCAUCGCCAAGGAGCUGGGCUUCAACCUCGACUGCGGCCGCCUGGAUGUCUCCGUGCACCCCUUCACUGGUGGCUCGCACCCGACGGACGUGCGCAUGACGACGCGGUUCAAGGAGGGCGAUCUGACGGAGGGCCUCACGGGCGCCAUCCACGAGACCGGCCACGCGCUCUACGAGCAGGGGCGCAACCUCGCCUAUGAUGGCCUGCCUGUCAACCAGGCGCUGUCGAUGGGGGUGCAUGAGAGCCAAUCGCUGCUGUGGGAGCGCAUGGUUGCACUGUCGCUGCCCUUCUCGCGCUACCUCGCCCCCAAACUCACCGCCGCCUUCCCCCAGCUCCCCGGCCUCACGGCAGAGCUGCUGUAUGGGGCGCUGAAUGCGGUGAAGAAGGAGUCGAUGAUCCGUGUGGAGGCGGACGAGGUUACCUACCCACUGCACAUCAUCCUCAGGUACGAGCUAGAGAAGGAGCUUGUGGAGGGCACUGUUGCCGUGGAGCAGCUACCAGCGCUCUGGAAGGAGCGCAUGACUGCGUACCUGGGAUGCACUCCCGCGGACGACGCACAAGGAGUUCUGCAGGACGUCCAUUGGAGUGCUGGACUGUUCGGCUACUUCCCCACCUACACCCUCGGCGCCAUGGCUGCCCAGAAGGAUCUGCCCGGGCUGCCCAAGGACAUCGCUGCGGGCAGGUUUGGCGGGCUGAAGACCUGGCUGAAUGAGAAGAUCCAUGCCAGCGGAUCGCUGCACCGCAGCGGCGAUGAACUCAUGGUUGCAGCCACAGGGGCCCCCCUGGACCCUUCAAUAUUCCUGUCAUACCUCACUGACAAGUACAGCGCUCUGUACAAGCUUUGA